AUGGCGGAUCAAUUUCAGCCAAUUUCGAUUGAGGACUUGCCACAGCAUCUGAUUUUCGAAAUCCUAACCUCCGGUCGUUUGAGCGCGUUUGAUCUGGUUUGUUUAGAGCUGACGUCGCGAGCUUUUAGAGGGAGUCAUGGUUUGUUUCCUAAAAAAUUCAGGUCUUUGGUGGAUUUCUCGGCAUAUCAUCUGUGUGAGUCUCAUCCUAUAUAUGCUCCAAUGCAUUCCAAUUCUCAGAAAGAGCUUUUCAAUCGGUGUGGUGGGAUCUGGAAGCGGGUUUUGAGGUUCUUGCAAUCGGUGGAGCAGUCCUCUGAUAUUGUUGAAACCUCAGCAGGCAAUAUGCAGAUUUGGAGUGGAAGAUAUCACACAUUGUUGAUCAAUGAUUCUGCAGUCUACUCAUGUGGUUCCAGCUUGUGUGGUGUUCUGGGUCAUGGUCCUGAAACAACGCAAUGUGUAGCAUUUACACGAAUCAAUUUCCCAUCUCCAGCACAAGUGAUUCAUGUCUCGGCCUCCCAUAAUCAUGCUGCUUUUGUCACGCAGUCUGGAGAGGUUUUCACAUGUGGAGAUAAUUCAUCCUUCUGCUGUGGGCACGGAGAUACCAGUCGUUCCAUAUUCAGGCCUAGGCUUGUCGAAUCAUUGAAGGGAGUUCCUUGCAAGCAGGUUGCCGUGGGGCUUAGUUUCAGUGUUUUUCUCACAACACAAGGUCAUGUCUAUACAUGUGGGACCAAUACACAUGGCCAGCUUGGCCAUGGUGACACUCUGGAUAUACCAACACCCAAAAUUGUGGAACAGCUCGAGUGUGUUGGUUCUGUAGUCCAGAUUGCUGCUGGUCCAAGUUAUGCCCUAGCAGUGACCGAGGAUGGGACAGUUUACUCUUUCGGGUCAGGAACGAAUUUUUGUCUUGGCCAUGGAGAACAGCGAAAUGAGCUUCUGCCACGUGCAAUUCAGUCAUUUAGGACAAAGAGCAUUCAUUUGGUAUGCGUCUCUGCUGGUGAUGAGCAUGUGGUGGCACUUGAUUCUAGUGGAUCAGUGUACACUUGGGGCAAAGGUUACUGUGGAGCAUUGGGUCAUGGAGAUGAGAUUGAUAAAACUACUCCAGCAUUCUUGAGCAGCCUUAAGAACAAGUUGGCUGUGCAGGUGUGUGCAAGUAAGAGGAAAACCUUUGUUUUGGUGGAUGAUGGUUCUGUUUAUGGCUUUGGCUGGAUGGGGUUUGGUAGCCUCGGGUUUCCAGACAAGGGAGCAUCUGAUAAAGUGAUGAGGCCUCGAGUGCUUGAUAGAUUAAGGCCUCACCACAUUUCUCAAGUAAGCACAGGCCUGUACCACACCGUUGUAGUCACUAAACGGGGACAAAUCUUUGGGUUUGGAGAUAAUGAAAGAGCACAACUGGGGCAUGAAACAUUGAGAGCAUGUCUUGAACCAACUGAAAUUUUUGUUCAAGAAAUGCUGAAUGGUGAUGAUCUUGUAUCAGAAAGUGGUCAACUCUAG